GUAUAGUAUCAUUCAAUUAUUGGCCUUCAAGUGGCCUGCCGAAGAUGCGUUCCAAGAGGCAACGCUCUCUCUCUCUCGCUCUCUCUCAAUCAGAAGAAGAAAACAUCUUCCAAGAGGCAGACAGGCGGAGACCGGAGUCAACCUUCUCUCUUUCGAAGGAAAGAAGAACCAACUGCUGAAAGCUGGAUCCCGUGAACUGAAGCUAGGAGAGAGCAAGCUCCGUCAAGUUCGUCAUCUCUAGGUACCACCACACACAACCAUGGAGGCGGCUCUGGUGAGUGUAGCGACGGGAGCCUUGAAACCCGUCCUGGAGAAGCUAGAGGCUCUGGUGGGCGAUAAGUACAAGAGGUUCAAGGGUGCGCGUGACGAUAUCAAGUCACUCACGCGUGAACUCACUGCCAUGGAAGCAUUUCUUCUCAAGAUGUCAGAGCAAGAGGACCCUGAUGUGCAGGAUAAGGUGUGGAUGAAUGAGGUGCGGGAGCUCUCUUAUGACAUGGAGGACUCCAUCGAUGACUUCAUGCAAAGUGUGGGCAGCCAAGAUUCAAAGCCAGAUGGUUUCUUGGAAAAGAUGAAGAACUCGUUGGGGAAGAUGAAGGCUCGUCGUCGCAUUGGAAAUGAGAUCCAUGAUCUGAAGAAACAGAUCACAGAGGUGGCAGAGAGGAAUGAAAGGUACAAGGCUCGUGAGGUAUUCUCCAAGGCCAAGAAUACAACCGUUGACCCUAGAGCUCUUGCUAUCUUUCAGCAUGCCUCCGAGCUUGUUGGAAUUAAUGAACCCAAGGCUGAGAUAAUUAAAUUGUUGACACAAGGUGCGUCAACACAAGAGAAAAUGAACUUGGUGUCCAUUGUUGGAUCUGGAGGAAUGGGAAAGACAACUCUUGCAAACCAAGUGUAUCAAGAUCUCAAAGGGAAAUUUCAAUGCCGAGCCUUCUUAUCCGUUUCAAGGAAUCCAGACAUGAUGAAUAUCCUAAGGACUAUUCUUAGUGAAGUUAGUGGCCAACGUUACGCUGACACCGAAGCAGGAAGUAUACAACAACUCAUCAUUAAGAUCACUGAUUUCCUAGUAGACAAAAGGUAUUUUGUUGUUCUUGACGAUAUAUGGGACGUGGAUACAUGGCAUGUUUUUGAGCUUGCACUUCCCGUGGCUAGUUCUGGCAGUAUCAUAAUCACCACUACUCGUAUAAAUGAUGUUGCUAAAUCAUGUCGUUCAACACCAUUCAGUGGAGUUAUUUAUUGCAUAAGGCCUCUUGAUAUGGUGGACUCUAGGCAAUUAUUUUACACAAGAUUAUUCAACUCGGAAGAAAAAUGCCCAUCAUACCUUAAAAAGGUUUCUGAACAUAUUUUGAAAAAAUGUGCUGGGUUGCCUCUGGCAAUCAUUGCUAUAUCUGGUUUGUUAGCUAAUACUGAAAGGACAGAGGGUCCAUGGAAACAAGUUGAAGAUUCGAUUGGUCGAGCACUUGAAAGAAAUCCCAGUGUUGAAGGAAUGAUGAAGAUAUUGUCACUUAGUUACUUUGAACUGCCUGCUCAUCUAAAAUCUUGUCUCUUAUGUUUGAGUAUAUUCCCUGAAGAUUCUAUUAUUAAGAAGAAGGUUUUGAUACAUAGAUGGAUUACUGAAAGAAUAAUUCAUACAGAAGCCGGAUAUAGUACAACACAUGAGCUUGGUGAAAGGUGUUUUAAUGAGCUUAUCAAUAGGAGUUUGAUCCAACCCGCGAUGACAGACAAAUUUGAUAGGGUCAAGAGUUGUCGACUUCAUGACACAAUUCUUGAUUUCAUCAUAUCCAAAUCCAUCGAAGAAAACUUUGUUACUUUGGUAGGUGUUCCUAGUUUAACUGUUGGCACACAAGGCAAAGUUCGUCGGCUGUCCCUACAAGCCGGCAAGCAAAAAGAAUUGAUAGUGCCAAAAGGCAUGGUGUUGUCUCAUGUCCGAUCACUUGAUGCGUUUGGAGAAUCUGUGAAAAUCCCUUCUAUUGAUAACUUCAGGCAUUUGCGUUUUCUGGACUUUGAAUAUUGCGACCAACUGGAGAACCAUCAUCUUGAAAAUAUAGGGAUGUUGUUUCAGCUGAGGUACCUGAGCCUCCUAGGGGCGAAGAAAGUAAGCAAGCUUCCAGAACAAAUCGGGCUCCUAUUGUGCUUACAGAUACUGAAUUUAAGAUUCACCUCUGUUUGUGAGUUACCAGCAUCUAUUGUCAAUCUCAAGAGACUGGUGCACCUAUUGGUAACCCAGAAUGUUACACUUCCUUGUGGAAUUUCUAAGCUACAAGCACUAGAGAAAUUGAGGCUUGUCACUGUCUAUAGCCAGUCAUUUAACUUCCUGCGAGAAUUUGAGCAGCUGCAGAGUCUGAAGGUAUUGGCCCUUGAUUUUGAGGAUUAUAAUUCUGCUAACCGAGUGAACGCUGAAAAUGUGUCCAAGAAAGCUAUUAUUGUCGCUUCCCUUAAAAACCUAGGGAACCUUCUCUCUCUAACUGUUUGGGACGGCCCUGAAUUUGUAAGGGAGUCUUUAUGCCCUAUGCCACUUAGCCUCCAGAAGCUGAAAGUCUUGCGUUCUAGUGUUCUUCAUGUUCCAAAUUGGGUGGGCUCCCUUGUCAACCUUCAGGAGUUACGCCUUGAUCUGGUCGGAGUUGAGCAGAAAGAUUUCUAUAUCCUUGGAGGCUUGCCUGUUCUGCGUUCUCUGACUCUGAGAAUUGAUGACAGUGAAAUUAGAAAUACCACAUUAACAGAAGAGCCUGAAGUUACAAGGGUCAUAGUCUGUGGUGAAGUUGGAUUCCCAUGUUUGAGGAUAUUUAGUUAUGAUAGUCAGUAUGCUGUGAUGAAUUUGACCUUUGCGGCUGGAGCCAUGCCCAAGGUAGAUGACCUCCAGAUAGAAUUUGACCAAGAAGAAACUGAGUUUCUCGAUACCAGCGGUGAUUUUGAUCUCGGAAUAGAAAAUCUCCCCAGCCUCCUCAAAAUCAGAUGUGUAGUACACGGAUAUGUGGAUAGCAGCAGAGUUGAGACUGCCAUUCGGGAAGCAGCCAACGCACAUCCGAACCGCCCUACUCUAGACUUGGUCUGAUAAUGCGUUGCCGGAAUCGAGCAAUUAGACUGCAACUCCAAAGGUUCAUAAUCACUGGAUUUCUGAGAUCGAAACAUUCAUCAUUCACUGGAUUCAACUCCCUGCUGGGCCGAGAGCAGAAGAUGUCGUCGAUGCUGUCGUGUCGUGGGAGAACACCAAGCACAAGGGAGCACUUGACGUGAAGCUCGGAACACAAGAGGGCUCGUCUCUGAAUCUGAAUCUUGCCUGGUUGCCUUCCUGGCGGACCAUUUGCAAAAUUCAGAUUCAGAGUAUCACGUCAGGAUAUGUUCAUGCUAUAGUUUUUAUUGAACUAAAGACCUGACGAGCUCUUAUUAUUUUUCUCAACGAUUUGGAUGAUGUUAACAUAUUCUUACGGUCUUAUGCAGUUAUCAGUGUUAAAGUUUGAUGGACUCACAGACGCGGCGGUAGACCGGCGAAGGGAGAUGGAGAGGAAGCUGCCGAUGGUGAAGGCGUAGGGGGAGAGCAAGAAGAGCAAGGCCGACAACAGAAGAUGCCAUGAUCCUGUCGUGUCGCGGGGGAACACCAAGAACGUAGACGGCCGUUGAGGAGGAGCUACGAACACCAAGAACCUAGACGGCGGUGUGGUGGGAGAAGACCUAGAACCAUGACGGUUGUUGAGGAAAUCUCGGAACACGAGAGGUAUUGACUCUGAAUCUGAACCUUGCCUUCCUGGCCGGCCCUUUAUGAGUUGCAAAAUUCAGAUUCAGAGUAACACGUCAGGAUAUGCUCAUGCUCACCUCUUGUAUGACAAAUCACCAAAGGUUUCAUGGUAAUUGGUGAAAGGUGAAAAUUGCACACACACAUGAGAACAAACAUGUUGCUUCAGGUAGCAUGCAUCUGAACGACGGUCGAUGGUGAGACAUGAGAUUCAGGACCAUGGUCUAGUCGAACCCAAGCUCGGUGCCGUACGAUGUAGCAUUGCUUCCUUGGGAAUAUGUACCAUGUUAGCAUUCGAAAUUCAGAGAUUAUGUUAAUUACUUGUCAUAGCGCCUUGGGUUGGCACACAGUCCUAAGCUACUGUAGCAUGGACCCAAGCCUCAGAUUCAAAAAAUUAUUAUUCUAUUUAACCUUGUCGGUAAUGCUCAUCUUGCAUGUUGUUUUAU